CUUCCCUUCGCCCCCUCUCCCUCUACUAGCUUCGUGGUGUAGGCGGCGAACUUCUCGGCGAAUUCCUUGGUGUACUUGGCGCAGUCGGCACUAGCUGCACACAAUCAGCGUGACCGCCUGCCUCCCAGCAUCGAUGGUCCCUUCCUCCGGCUUGGCUGUGUGGGCCGUGUGUUUGGUGAGCUGUGUGGUGUCUGCGGCGUCGUCUCCUGUGGCUGCGGGAUUGACAGCCGAGGGCGAUGACAAGACCUGGACCGUCGCCCACAACAAAUAUCGCUGUCUGCACGGCGGGCCUUAUCUGACGUGGAACCAGUGGGUGGCCGACUCAGGUGAACACUUUUCUCUGCAUGGUGUUUCAAUCUGCGGAUCGUUUGGCUUGUCCUUCCGCCUUCGUCCCUCUCGCGCCUGCGUGCAGCACAAGAAUGGUCCAACAAGCUGAAGUCGGGAGAAGAGUCCGGACAUUCUAAGUCAUACAAUCUUGGACCACCUCAGGGGCCGGCAGGUGGGUAGACGACACAGCAGUGUGUGUGUCCAUCGGGCAGGCAGACACGCCUGCACUGUCUCAAUCUUCCCCUUGCCUGCUGCGCCUGUCUCAUUUCCGUGUAGGGGAGAACCUGGCAUGGGGCCACCGCGAUCAGGAGCACGCCACAUCUGCCUGGUAUUAGGUCGCCGUGACGAUUGCUGCUAGGCGGCAUGCAAGUGUGCACUUUGCGUGAGGAUUUAUGGACAUAUAGGUACAACGAGUACGACCUGUGGAUCGAGACGUCGCAGGACAGCUUCAGCUCUGGCACCGGGUGGGUGGGUGGGUGGGUGGGCGAUCCACUCGGAUGCUCUCUGCCAGGAAAUGGUCACGUGUGCACUGCACGUUCUAUAUUGUUUGUGUCUUUCUUUGUCCCUCCUUUUGUUCUAGCCACUUCACUGGUAGGUGA